CAGAGGGUAGAGAGAAGCGAGGGAGGUGGAUGUCGGAGGGUGCCCGUAGGAAGUUUAUCGGCGGCGAGUGGUGGUGGGUGGAAGUGGUGCCUUCGGAGGUGGGGUUGUAGGUAGACGGUGGAGGUGGAGGUGAAAGCAGGAGCAUACUCCGUACACCGAGGAUUUCCAGGCAGCAGACAGUCUACGGCCCGGGACAGAGGGACCAGGACCAGCCUCGGGAAGGAGAGCUCGUCGUGGACCCUCUUCUCUCCUUAUUAAUACGCGCCGACCACCGCUGUACUUUUCCGAGUGUUUUGGUGGCCUUGAAACUCGACGCGUCUCCUCGCGUUCCGCUGCGUUACGUUACGUACCGUCGCGGCGCACAGACCGACGGGCUUCAAAUUCUAUCCCCCGCGAAGGACAUUUAAUCUACCCCCGUUGACACGCAGUGUGCACCCCAAGAGGGACAACCGAUUUCCGUGUUGUGUGAACCGGUUGCGUAGGGGGUUGAACCCUGCUCGCGCGGUGCCAAGGGACAACGGGGAACCAGCCGCAGCCGAGGAACUAGUGUGGAGAUGAGCGCAGUCGUUCGGCCGGGGACUGCUCGGAGCACGUGCCUCGCACGCAGAAGGCGCUCUGAGCGGCAUCAGGUGCGCUAAUCGGGCACCGAUCCGCGAAACAAAGCGAGACCAGUGCAAAUUGAACGUUGCCGCUGCCGCUGCCGCACCGCGGAUCGCCGCCCCCCCCCCUCUAUACGACCAAGGUCGUGUUUUUCUAUAUCGCGACGGCUCCCUCGGUUUCUCGAUAGCAACCAUCAUCAGGGAUGACAGGACGUGCCGUUCACGCGGCAAGAACGGUCUCGAUGAUCGCGUUGCUCACCUCUCUUCUGAUGUUUGUCGGGAUCGACGGCAUGGGACACGCGAGUGUACACAAUGCGGAUCGCGUAGUGUUUCAUCAAGAGGUCCCAAAAUCUGUGGGUAUUGGUAGUCGACACAACGCAGUCAACAAUAACUAUCCGAGUGUCACCUCAGGACCAGCGUUCGUCGGUCCGGUCGGAAAUCAAACGGCCGCCAUUGGCCGCGAAGUCAUUUUUUCCUGCACCGUUCGCAACAUAGGAAAGUACCUGGUUGGCUGGCUACGUGCCUCGGACCAGACGAUUCUCUCGCUCAACACGAGGACGGUAACGGAUAAUGCACGUAUCGCGGUCUCGUACGAGACCGGCGGAAGUUCCGGGUCCGGCGCAGUAUCCGGGAACGCCUUUGGGGUGACAGGAAGUAGCCAAGCCACGGAGGAAGUCGUCAACGGCACGUGGCGGCUUCAUAUUCGUCAGCUGAAGGAGUCGGAUAGAGAUUGUUACAUGUGCCAGAUCAACACCAGCCCGAUGAUAUCCCAGCUUGGAUGUUUGGACAUUCUCGUGCCACCGGAUAUCAUUUAUGGGAGCGAUACCAGCGCCGACUUGGCAGUUUCGGAGGGCGACAACGCGACUCUAAUCUGCCAGGCGACGGGACGACCGACUCCGAGACUGUCCUGGAAGAGAGAAGACGGAAUGCCCAUUCUUAUAAGGUCCCCUUCAGGUGGCAACAAUUUGGAGGAGCACGAGACGUACAACGGCUCCAAGCUGCAAUUCUAUCGUGUCGAGAGGCGACAAAUGGGGGCGUAUCUCUGCAUCGCCAGCAACGACGUGCCGCCCGCCGUUAGCAAGCGAGUGACACUCGCCGUGAAUUUUGCACCUGUCGUCAGAGUACCUAAUCAGCUUUUGGGAACACCUUUGAACACGAACGUGCAGCUGCAGUGCUACGUCGAGGCAUUUCCAAAAACAAUAAAUUACUGGGUGAAGAACCGGCAAGGAACGGGGGACGAAAUGCUGAUCGAGGGGUACAAGUACAGCGUGCGAGAAGAACGAUCCGGAUACACGGUUUUGAUGACGCUCUUAAUCAAAGGGUUAACGGAGAAGGACGUGGGCAGCUACAGAUGCGUGUCGACGAACAGUCUUGGCAAGGCCGACGGCAAUUUAAGGCUGUACAAAAUCAAAUUUGGCUUCGACAGAUCGUCACGCGGGAAAGAUCAUGUAUCAAUUCUCGAUGGUUUAGCGGAAGCUGCGCAGAGUUCAGGCGCCGGCAGCCACAGCAGAAGGUUCUUCGGCCAUAGCAACAAAUUAUCACACAGCCUGUCUAUAUUUCUCUUUAUACCGGUGCUGCUCUGGCUGCGGUGAAGAAGGCAUCCGUUGCUGGUCACUGUCAAACAGAGUGCCGGGUAACUUUGUGCCAAAGGACAAGAAAAAAAAAAGAAGCAAGAAUGCUUGUGCAUGUACGUGUAUGUCGAAUCAUGUGUCGAGGGAUGUCAGAGUGUAUGCGUGUGUGUGUGCGUGUGUGUGUGUGUGCAAAAAAUUAUAAAACGAAAUGCGUGCGCAAGAAAAGCGAAACAGCGUUUUCUGUCUAAAAAGAGAGGAGGGUGGGAGCACAGGCGAUGCGUCGAAUGUACGGGUGAAUGAAGAGGAAAAAACCGAAAGCAGCGAACUAAUGCGAAAGAAAAUCGGAAGAAGAACAAAACGAAACAAAUAAAUGAAUUCGGAGGCUCGCGUUCUCUACUGCCCUUCCUAACUGCCCUUUCCUACAGCCGAGUGUUAAAGAAACAAUUUUUAGAACAAUAAAUGUUUGUCGAUGUAUGCGUCCGUUUAGAUUCGCAAUCCGUUUCGUUGGAUCAUCGAUGACGGAUCGCCGGGUCAUUGGCGAUGACGCGCCGCAUGACGAAACGACAAGAAGCGUGCAAGCAGCUUGGCCCUUCCUAACGAUGCUUAACAAGUCGUCAAUAAUAUUCAUAAGUUACGAUCAUUUUGUCAUUGGUAUCCGCAUUACAGACGUUAGACGUCAGGGAACUCGAUGUUUCGAAAUAAAACUAUGAGAUCAGACGUUGUACACAAA